CAAUUGGAGAAGCAGUUUUGGCCUGUCUUCAUACUGUACUCUCUCUGGACAACAUUUGAAAGGGGUCCUGACAUGUCCUUUGAAUGCAUGUGCCGCGCUAUAUGGGAAACUGCACAAGAAUGGAAUGUUCUCUAGGAGUUUGACAACUAGCUAGCACAUUUUUUUCUGAACACUUUUUUUUGCAGUCAGAUCAAAAUCUUUAUCGAAACAAAAAUGUUUUCUGCGGAUCAAAGUUGUUGGUUCGUUCGUAAGGUGAUCUGUUGGCGAGCAGUAGCCAGUAUGGCCUGGUCUGUCCUGCUACUGCUUCCCACAACAGCUCUGUUUGUAGUUCUCAGCAGAUUCAGUCUGUUUCACCCUAUACACUGGAUAUCAGAAUGCUUGUCCCUACUGACCAGCGCCAGCACCAUCUUCUCCUUCAUCCUGCUAUGUGGAGUGGUGCUGCUGGUGGGCUUCUUCAACCUGGAGUAUUACACAGUCGUCCCAUCCAUCGCCUGCUCCAAGAUCGACCUCCUAGGUCAGGUGCUUCACCCCCGUCAGUUCGUCCACUCACUGGCGCACUGUAUCAUGGGUGUUGUAGUGGCUUGGUGUUGUGCCUUCACCAUCGGAGGGCGCUACCGGGCCUUGGGGCACCCCUGUACCCAGGAUGAGAGUAGUAGUGGUCCUGAGAUGUGCCUGAAUGAAUACCACCUGGUGCUGCUGCUGGUGGGGGCCUUCAUCGGAUACAGCCACAGCCUGCUGGGCGUGGUCCACAACAUCAACUACGUCUCGUUCCACACCAUGCGGCAAUACAAGUACCUCCGCUUCAAGGGAACUCUGCCCCUAGUGGUGAAAGCCAGUGCUGUUCAGGCUCUCUACUCUCUCAGGAACUUCCUCCUCCUCUAUUUCUUCCUGGGAUAUGCACCACGAGCGUGGAUCUGUAAAACACUUGACCUCAACAUCAACAGUUCAAUCCAUUCCCUGGACAGUGUGUCUAGUCUUUUGGACCUAUCUCUCCUCUAUCACCUGUGGAUCAGUGGGACCUUCCUCCUCCUCACCUGGUACACCACAGUGCUGCUCUUCAGGAUCUUUGUUACCGAGGUUUACAGUUUUCCUGUCCAGUCCACGUUCACAGAGGAUGCUCACCAGUGCCUCCCCAAAGUUAUCACUGGCAUGCAACCAAUGAUACUGAAGUUUCUAUCCCUCCAGGACCUGGCUCUGCUGUCUCAACACUCUCCUUCUAGACGUCUGGAGGUGUUCAGUCUCAGCCAACCAGGUGGUCACCCUCACAUCUGGACGGCCCUGAGUAAGGAGUGUCUGUCUCUGUUGUCUGACCUGACUGAGAGGCUGGUAGUGUACCAUGACGCUGUAGCCACGAACGGACGGGCCAAGUCCCAGUCGACAGGAAGCAACAAGCGGUCCGCCGCCACCUCGUCGGAAAGCUCCGUAUCUUCUGUAGAUAUGGAGGAUAUGAAGACUCCUCGGCCCAGCGCGCUGAUCAGAACCCCUGGCUCGGUGUUCUUGCGUUCCUCUGUCGGGGCGGGGCUGGGUGGGCUGCGAACUCCCCUCACCGCCCCUUUUACCCCGGACCUAGACAGCCCCUUCUCCUCCCCUGCCCUGCGGCGCCUCGCUGGCCCCCUGGAGCGCCUCGCUGGCCCCCUGGAGCCCCUGGGGCCCCUGUCCCCCGGCUUCAACUCCAUCCAGAGCCCUCACGUCAUGAGGAGGGGCCCCAAACUCUGGUCUGCUUCUACAGACUCCCAGCUGAACAGCAGUCCCACGCCAUCUCCUGGUCCCGCCCCCACCCAGGCGGAUCUCAAACCCUCCUUCCUUGUUGCCUUCCUACAGAACAGGAAGGACCAGGUUAAACAUUUCUUGGCAAAGCGGGUGCUGAUAAUGUAUUUGUUUAACAAGCUGCCGGAAGCUUCCAGUCAGGCCCUGUUCGCUGACAGCCAGGCUCACAUAUGGGCUCUAGAAGGUCUGUCUCACCUGGUGGCGGCGUCCUACUCUGAGGACCAGUAUGGUAUCGUUCAGACCACCCUGCCGACCAUCCUCAGCACCAUGCUGGUGUUACAGGAGGCCGUGGACCGUCACUUCAAGCUACCCCAUACCUCCUCUAAACCAGGUCACUCCUCCUGCAGUAUGGGAGACGGCAGCUAUAAGACGCUCCGCUUCGCCCUACGAUCCACCCUCAAGACCGCUGUCUACAGGAUCACAGCCACCUUCGGAGAACACCUCCACGCUGUCCAGAUGUCAGCAGAGCACCGGAAGAAACUGCAGCACUUCCUGGAGUAUAAAGAGUGAAGGCAUGAGAGACAGGAGUGUGUCUGAUAAUGGUAGUGUGACUGAGUUUAUAUUAAUAUUGUGUGUUUGCAUCCUAUUGAAAGAUCUUGAAAGUGCCGCUUCAAAUUGGAUGCCUAUAGUACUGUUCAUGGGAAACGAGAUUGCUACCAAGUUUUUGUUAGUUUUUUUUUUUUUUUGUAAUGUACAUUAUUUGUUAGUUUUUUGUCUUAUCAGACCAUUUUGUAAUGAGCUCGUCAAUAAUGUUUCGUCCGGCUGAUAAAUUGCUACAAAAGAUGCAUGUCAAUGUUUCUGCUUUUUUAUUUUUUUACUCAAAUGAAUGUGAGUGUGAUUGUGACAUGAGUCUAGGAAGUCUUUGAAAAGUCACCUCCAGCAACUUUUGAGUUCACAUAUGAUCGAUGACCACAUGGUGAACGAAUAAAAUGUUUUGUAAAGA